AUGGACGGAUUGCAUCUGCGAGGAGGAAGAGGAGGGGGUGCCUCGGUCAUGGCGAACGAGACCCUCAUGAGGGGAGGCCGAGUGGAAGAGGGCGACGUGGGGUUCCCCGUGCGGGCGCUGUUGGCUGCUUCCUUGCUGCUCCUCAUCCUCGCCACUCUGCUGGGCAACACCCUUGUGUGCAUGGCAGUGGUCAAAUUCAGGUACCUCCGCUCCAAGGUCACCAACUUCUUUGUCAUCUCCCUGGCCGUUUCAGACCUCUUUGUGGCUGUGCUGGUGAUGCCCUGGAAAGCAGUCACGGAAGUAGUGGGCUUUUGGCCCUUUGGGGACUUCUGCGACAUCUGGGUGGCCUUUGACAUCAUGUGUUCCACGGCGUCCAUCCUGAACCUGUGUAUCAUCAGCAUGGACCGCUACUGGGCCAUCUCCAGCCCCUUCCGCUAUGAGCGGAAGAUGACCCAGCGGGUGGCUUUCAUGAUGAUUGGCGUGGCCUGGAUGCUCUCUGUCUUGAUCUCAUUCAUCCCUGUCCAGCUGAGGUGGCACAAGGCGGCAGAGUUCCUUCCUGCCCACGGGGCAGGCUCCAACGCCACCUGGACCCCUGAGGAAAAUUGUGACUCCAGCCUCAACAGGACCUACGCCAUUUCCUCCUCUCUCAUCAGCUUCUACAUCCCCGUCGCCAUCAUGGUAGUGACCUACACCAGAAUCUUCCACAUUGCUCAGCGGCAGAUUCGGAGGAUCUCCUCUCUUGAGAGAGCUGUGGAACAUGCCCAGAGCUGCCAAGGCAAUGAGUGUUCCCACGAGGUCUCCUUGAAGAAUUCCUUCAGGAAAGAAACCAAGGUCCUCAAGACCCUUUCCAUCAUAAUGGGGGUCUUCGUCUUCUGCUGGCUUCCCUUCUUUGUGCUCAACUGCAUCGUACCCUUCUGUGACCAUGACCUGCAUGAGCUGGGGGAACUGCCCUGUGUCAGUGGCACAGUUUUCGACAUCUUCGUUUGGUUUGGCUGGGCGAACUCUUCCCUCAACCCCAUCAUCUAUGCCUUCAACACUGACUUCCGGAAGGCCUUUGCGACCAUCCUAGGCUGCGGCCGCUUCUGCUCCAGCAACGCCGUGGAGACAGUGUACUUCAGCAACGAGAUGGUUUCGUACCAUCAUGACACCACCUGCCAGAAAGACUUGGGGACUCUGAGUUACCCCCACCUUCUCCCCCAUGCACCCUCCCUGCAAGGGGAGGAGGACAACGAUCUCCCGUUUGACAAAAUCUCCCACACCUCUCACGACGGCACGACAGCCAUUUUAUCAGCCGUCGUACAUAUGGAGUAUGAGACAGAUGCAUCCCUUGAGAAGUUUGCUCCCUUCGCCUCUUGUGUAUUGGACUAA